AUGUUCAACAUGGUCUCUAGACAGCACAACUGCUCCUCGGACGACUUAUCGUCACGAUGCGGUUCUCAACGCCUUUUCAUCAGAACUGCAGACGCCUUCACCAGCUUAUCAUCAUCCUAUACCUAUCUCGGCGAUUCGUUGGAGGACCAGUCAAAUAUCGAUUCAAUCGUGAAUUCGACGAAUAUGGUGGCAAACAGUUAUUGUUCCAAGCACAGGUCGAAGACUGUCGAUGUGGCCCUGUUGAGGUGUACUCCGGAUGCUCAUCUCCAGUUUGACGUCAAUUGGUCUCAUCACGAUUUCGAAAGCUCACAGACUCCUCCAUACUCACACGAUAUUUAUGCUGUUCGCUCACCAAGCGACGACUAUCCAGUUGAUCUUAAUGAUAUAGACGCAGCACUUGACUGUGAUAUCAGUACCCUGGACGCAUAUCUCCACAGCAUACCCUGCAGCAACACAAAUACUACCGAGUUUACAGUUCCAGAACCGUCAUUCAAGAGUGUAGCUUACUGUUCUUCCCACGAGCGAUUCUCAUCAUCCGACGCUGAUCCAGUCGAGGAGUUUUUUCCGGAUCUUUCCAAAACAUUCGCAGUUCCCUGCACCAAUUCGUCUUCCCGGCGUCGUAGCCAUUCCAGUGGUUAG